AUGGCUACGAAGAAGAGACGUUGUUUAAACGAUUCAAACAGUUUUUGUGUUAUUUAUGGCGAAUACACCUUUGCAAAGUAUCGUAAAUCGAUCACGGACUUCGUUAAAUCUGCCUAUUUCAAGUACUUUGGAGUGCAUAUUUCCAAUCUACAGAAACCAUGGGUGCCUAAUACCGUGUGCCAAAAUUGUGUUGUCUCUUCGCGACAAUGGUCAAAUGGAAAAAGAUCAGCUCUCAAGUUCAAGACACCCAUGAUCUGGUGGGAACCUCGUAAUCAUCAUGAUGACUGUUAUUUUUGUAUGGUUAACAUUACGGGUAUAAACUCUGCAAACCGGGAUAAGUGGUCAUAUCCGACGUUGUCUUCUGCUCAGAAGCCCCUUACACACUCAGACCAAUCACUAGCACCAGUACCAUCGACAUCAUCAACAAGUUUUGAACCAGAAAAUAUAGAAAAUGAAGAAGAAAAACAAGAUUCCGACUCUGAUUUCACACCUAGUCAAGAGACAAAACCUCAACCAUUCAAUCAAAGUGAGCUAAACGACUUAAUAAGGGAUUUAAAUCUAUCGAAAGAGUCUUCUGAAAUUUUGGCAUCUCGUCUGAAAGAAAAAAAUCUACUUACUCCAGAUACAAAAAUUACAUUUUAUCGUACUCGUGAAAAAGAUUUACUUCCAUAUUUUUCCUCUGAAGAGAAUUUAGUUUACUGUAAUAAUGUUGAAGGUCUUAUACAAAAGAUGGGUUUACAAAAAUAUAUACCAAGCGAAUGGCGUCUUUUAUUGAUAGCAGCAAAAGAAGUUUGA